UUGUUCACAUAUCAGAAGCAAAUAACGUGAAUUUAUUUCGUUUUGCCUCAGUCGGGUUAAGUGGCUCAGCUGGCGGGAAGUCUGCGUUUUUCAACACUGCGAGAGGCAUCUGUGAUGGGCAUUACCGAAUCAAAACAGUCAAAGCCUGAGUAUUCGAGGGAAAAACGGAAGGAUGGAAUAGUGAUUUGUGUCACUGGACAAAGUGGCGUCGGAAAGACGAGUUUUAUCAAUGCAUUUAGAGGACUCUACGACGAUGAUUGCGAAAAUGGUGCAGCUUCUGUUGACGUUGAAGCGACCUUGGAGCCAACGGAAUACAAACAUCCUUUGUACCCAAUGAUUAGUUUUGUAGAUUUACCGGGCAUUGGAACGCCGAGAUUUAAUGAUUUUGAAGCAUAUUGUAGAGAAAUGAGAUUGGAGGAUUACGACAAAUUCCUCAUUUUCACUGCAUCGCGUCUCACAUCAUAUGAUGUGAUGUUAGCGACGAAAGUGAAAUCUCUCGGAAAACCAUUCUUUCUCAUUCGUACAAAGAUCGAUAACUGUCUUUUAGAGUCAAGGAAACGAUCAUUUAACGAGGAAGAAAUGCUAAAAAGUAUUAGAAAGUAUUACUGCGAAAAUAUGAAAGAUUUGAUAAUCAGUGAAGACAAAAUCUUCCUAAUAAGCAAUUAUAAGAAGGAGAAAUGGGAUUUCACACGACUGGUUACAGCAAUCAGCGAGGAGACACAAAGUUGAGACUAUUCUUAUCGUAUAUGAAGGGAAAACAAUGUUUGAUUGCUUAAUAUUUAGUUCUCUGUUUGAUCUUAUGUAUGUACUGUAUCUAUGACAUUUUCACUGCUAAACCAUUCACAUAUUAGGAAAAAACUAAUAACUUAAGGAAUUUAUUAUACAACAUGUAAUUUGCAAGUAUCUUGAAUAGCUCUAAACACGCUAGUUUGUGUCAUUUUACAAGAGCGAAAUAAUGUGUAGAAAUAAAUUCUGCAUGCGGCCUCCCUCUUACUAGAGUGGACAGUUCGAAUUGAAAAUUGGAGGCACUCAAUCUUAAAUGGGCAGUUGAAAAAGUAGCGAUUUAGGGAGAUAUUCGCAAACUCAAAAUUGAAAACGUAAAUUUUUCUCAGAUUGUCUACUGCUCUAAGUGGCAUUUCAUAUUCCUCGACGAUAUUUUUCUGCGGGUUCUCUCCCGGAAUCGUUUAACCAAACCUCGAAGUUACAAGAAAGCGGGAGGCGGACCUCUGAAAAUUGUUUUGCGAAGUUGAGAUAUAUUUUAUUUAUCACAUAUCAAAACUUUCAUUAAAGAUGCUAUUCUUUGAUGAUCAUGAAUUGCUGGUCAGAAAUAUUGUGAUUCGCUCACCAACAUCAAUAAUGAGCGAUGGAAUCUUUGUUGAAUUGUAUCAGUUUGAAUGUAAACUUAUAUGAAUGUACGCGAAUUACAAAGUG